AUGUCGACGAAGACGGAGUCGGCGAAUUUGUCCCGCGUGGACGCAGCCAAGGCAGCGCUACGACAGCAGUGGCAGACAACUAUCCGUGCCGUGCGUCCGCUGCCCAACCACAAGUACUUGGUCAAGGGCGACGCGAUGGCUUUGGCCGCGCUCACGAGCGACAACCUCGGAAUAUGCCUCCUCGCCUGCACCAUAUUGGGAUCGAUGGGCAUCGAGAACGACCUCCUAUACGGCACCAUGCUGCCGGCCAUUGGCCUCGCCGUCCUCUUUGGCAAUGGAGCUUACUGGCUGCAAGCGCGGCGUAUGGCGGCCGAGAGUGGCCGCGAGAGUGUUUGCUGCCAGCCUUUCGGGAUCAACGCUCCCAACGUCUUCAUCUUCUCCUUUAGCAUCAUCGCCAACGAGCUGCGCGACGGCCGCAGUCCAGAGGAGGCUUACAACAUGGCGGUGGCGUGCUCCUUCCUGACCGGUUGCGUGCAGCUGAUCUGCGUCCCCCUCGCGCCGCUUGUGGCCAAGUACACGCCGCAGGUGGCGAUGCUCGGAUGCAUCGCUGGCGUGGCGCUCGUCUACCUGUGCCUCGGCCCAAUCGUCGACUACCUCGCUGAGGAGCCGAUCAGGGCGUCGUGCAGCCCUGUUGUUGGUAUAAUCAUAGGAGCCUACGGCGGGGUGCAGACCAACCUUCCCAUCAUCACGUAUGCCAUCGUGCUGGGCGUCGCCAUUGCGUGGGGGCAGGGAGGCGUCGGCGAAGAGGUUGACGGCCACCCGGCCUACGCAAACAAAGAGGCUCUCACGAGCAUCGAGGGGAUCGGCCCCAAGCAAAUUUCGCCCGUGCACUUCUGGGACGAGCUGUCAGAGGCGGUGUCCAAGUACCUCGGGGUGAUCCUCCCGGCGGGGCUCUCCGUCAUCGUCGGAGACAUCACCUGCUGCGAGCUGUGCGGGCUUGGCGGCGACAGCUACUCUGUGCGCGAGACGGCGUUCUAUGACGCCAUCUUCACGCUCGCGGCCGCGCUAAUGGGAAGCAUGCUCCAGGUGACGACCUACCCGAACCACCCGGGCUACUCGCGGCUGGGCGGCCGCACGGGCUACUCGCUCAUCCACGCG